UAGACCCCGGCAUAAUUUUGCAGGCGAAAUUUCCAGCAUUUGUUUAUAUGGUUUAUUGCCUAAAAUGACUUCAAUUAUCAAGCUGCACACGAUAUCCGGGGCAAUGGAUGAGUCGCCGCCAUGCUACAUACUCCAGAUUGACGAUGUGCGAAUUCUGUUAGACUGCGGAUGGGACGAGAAGUUUGAUCCCAAUUUCAUAAAGGAACUCAAAAGGCAAGUGCACACACUGGAUGCCGUGCUGCUAUCCCAUCCAGACGCCUAUCAUUUGGGCGCCCUGCCCUAUCUGGUGGGGAAACUGGGACUCAAUUGUCCCAUUUAUGCCACGAUACCAGUCUUCAAGAUGGGACAGAUGUUCAUGUAUGAUCUGUACAUGUCCCACUUCAACAUGGGAGACUUUGAUCUGUUCUCGCUGGACGAUGUGGACACCGCCUUCGAGAAGAUCACCCAGCUGAAGUACAACCAAACAGUUUCGCUGAAGGGCAAAGGCUAUGGCAUAUCCAUAACGCCUCUGAAUGCUGGCCACAUGAUUGGCGGCACCAUUUGGAAGAUAGUCAAGGUCGGCGAGGAGGAUAUUGUCUAUGCCACCGACUUCAACCACAAGAAGGAGCGCCAUCUGAGUGGCUGCGAGCUGGACCGACUGCAGCGACCGUCGCUGCUCAUAACCGACGCCUACAAUGCACAAUACCAGCAGGCGCGACGACGUGCCCGCGACGAGAAGCUAAUGACGAACAUUCUGCAAACCGUGAGGAACAAUGGAAAUGUUCUCAUAGCCGCAGACACGGCGGGUCGGAUGCUGGAGCUGGCCCACAUGCUGGAUCAGCUGUGGAAGAACAAAGAGUCGGGCCUGAUGGCCUACUCGCUGGCCCUGCUGAACAACGUCAGCUACAACGUGGUGGAGUUCGCCAAGUCACAGAUCGAGUGGAUGAGCGACAAGCUGACCAAAGCCUUUGAGGGAGCUCGCAACAAUCCGUUCCAGUUCAAGCACAUCCAGCUGUGCCACACGCUGGCGGAUGUCUACAAGCUGCCGGCCGGCCCGAAGGUGGUGCUGGCCAGCACCCCUGACCUGGAGAGCGGUUUUACGCGAGAUCUCUUCAUUCAGUGGGCCAGCAAUGCCAACAACAGCAUCAUUCUGACCACACGCACCUCGCCCGGCACCUUGGCCAUGGACCUGGUGGAGAACUAUGCGCCGGGCAGGCAAAUCGAGUUGGACGUGCGUAGGCGCGUGGACCUGGAAGGAGCCGAACUGGAGGAGUACCUGCGCACACAAGGCGAGAAGAUUAAUCCGCUGAUUGCCAAGCCGGAACCCGAGGAGGAGAGCAAACCAGAUGAGAUGAGAGAUACAAUAUUAACGAUUAUUAUAUGUUGAUUUUAAAGCCAAAGACUCAAAGCUAAAUUCUAUUCGAAACAAAAUUUGUAGUAGAACGCAUCGAAAUCUGUUUAUUUGUUUAUUUAAAUGUUGUUAUUCCUAUUAUUUAAUAUACGACACAUUUCAUGCGGCAAAUAUUUGUUUCCGUUUUAUGUUUUCCAAUCUAUUCACAGAGCAAAAAGGAAUUCUGCUUAAAGAAAUCAAUACAAAAUAUAUACUUAUAAUUAUAGUGGAAGGAUAUGUGGCUAGCCAAGUACCCUUCAAGGACAGGAGAUUUAUUAACUAUAAGCAGCGUUGUUAACUAAAAUAAAAUACAAACAAAAAUGCAGGAACAAAACCAAAAAAAAUGCAGAGUCAGAGGCAAGCAUAAACACAACAAAAUCUGUAUGUAAUAAUGAACGCCCCCCAGUGUCUAAUAAUAAUAAUAAUAAUAAUAAAUAAUAAUAAUAUGUAUUUGUGAAAUAGCAAGCCCUGCGCAAGCGCUAGUUACCCAUUUACAAUUUAAAUGUUAACCUAAAGUAUUCUCAAGAACGCAUUUUACCAAAAAAAAACAAAAAAAGAAUAAAAAAUAAACAAAAGUACGCAAACCAAAUCUAAGAAAAGUUUAAGGAGAAGACAUAGGACAAACAAAAAUGUUACAAAAGAUAAAAGAAUAAUUUUAUAAAACAAUGAGCUCAACGAUCGCUAGACGAUCCAGGCCAUUGAAGAAGAUUGAAAGAUUGAAAAAUAUAGACAAAUAGUAGCCCUAUUCAAUUAAAACAAAAUGAAAGAAAAAAUGAUACAAAAAUAUACAACAAAUAGAGCAACAACUCUCACCAGAUAUACGCAUCCAGCCAACAUGAUUUAUUUAUAUGAGUAUAGUCCAUUGGUCAGUUGAGGGCAGGUCAGGUCAGGUCAGAGAACAGGCAAACAGAAUAGAAGAUAUUGUUGGUUGCACACACAAAAUACAAAGAAUGGAAGGGAACAGAAACAGUCAAGGGAAAUGGUAUAUGGGAUAUGGGAGAAUGAAAAGAAAAGCACAAAUCGCGGAACCUGAAACAAGUAAAAUAUUAUAGGGAAAUGUGAAACCAAAUGUUAGCUAUAAGCUCACUCUUCAAAUAUGCAAAGCAAAUGAAUGCUCCCUUCUUUCCCACUCUCAACCUGCUGACACACACUAAAGCUAUAGGGUCAAAAGUCAUUGCUUGCCAAAGAAGGGCUCCCGGAGAGCAAUCCAGCCAGUACUACUACUAAACAUAUAACUCUGAAUGUACUGCUCGAACUACUCUCACAGAUCAGAUCCAGAGCAAAGAACACAAACACUGAACAGAUACAUAUGUGCAACUUUUUCAUGUACCUUUCGCCUCUUAGACUUAGAUACUUAAAGAACAAACAAAACACACAUACAAACGGCAGCCCAGGCCCCCCCUAAUCAUUGUCUAAAAGUUGUUAACUACAAAAACUACUAAGAAAUAAAUAUAUUGAAUUAUUUAUUGAGUGGCGUACAAAGCAAAGCGCAAAAAAACUGAAAGAGAUGCAGCAGGAGAGGCGUAGUUAGAGGAAGAGUCAUUGCAAAAGUAAUAUUCAUUAACAGAUAGUAUUCAGAACACACACACACACAAAAACAAAAGCCGAAGAAGUAACCAAACUAUAAUUGGCGGAGAGCAUAAAUAAAGUUAAGUUAUGUUUAAACAAAAGAGAUAAGUAACUGUAAAGAUAAAGUCAAGAGUCAACAGUUGAUAUGUUGUAAAAAAAAGAAAAAACAAAAAAUGAUAUAUUAAAA